AUGGAUCACUCUCCAACUAGGCCUCUCUCUCCCUCCAACAGUGCCUUCUUCCUUUUCCUUCUUGUUGGUUCCAAUCUUCUCACCUUCUUCUUGUCUUCCUCUUCCACCUCUAAUUGCUCUUUCACCACAGCCACCACCACCAUCACCACUGCGGCGCCCACCACCACCACCGUCACUAACAACAAUGAUGUCGAAUCAAUGGAUUCCGAAACCGACGAGUCCUCUUCAACCAAUAACAAUGACCUGCUUCCAUCUGAAUUCCAUGCCUCCACAGAUCCACAAGAGCUCCCUCUUGGAUACAAUCCUAAUUUUGAUUCUGAUAUCAUUUAUUCUCCAGUUGGUCACCCAUGCACACAAUUCCCUGACUUGAUCAAACAAUACAUGUCCUAUGAUAUGAAUGGCCCUUGCCCUGAUGAUGAACUCUUAGCUCAAAAACUUCUCCUCAAGGGUUGUGAACCUCUCCCUCGCCGGCGAUGCCGACCCGCCGCUCCUCUCAAUUACGUCGAACCUUUUCCACUCCCUAAAAGCCUAUGGUCCAUUCCCUCAGAUAACUCUGUGGUAUGGACACAUUAUCAUUGCAAAAACUACUCUUGUCUUCUCAACAGGAGUCAUCAACAAAAGGGCUUUUCCGAUUGCAAAGACUGUUUCGAGCUCGGCGGUCGUGAGAAGGCUCGAUGGAUUAAACCAGGCCAUGGAUUAAAUUUCAACAUUGAUGAAGUUCUUGCAAAGAAGAAGCCUGGUACAGUGAGAAUUGGACUUGACAUCGGUGGUGGCACAGCCACAUUUGCAGUGAGGAUGAGAGAGAGAAAUAUAACAAUUGUGACAACUUCUAUGAACUUGAAUGGUCCAUUUAAUAGUUUCAUAGCAGCUAGAGGUGUUAUUCCUCUGUACCUGAGUAUAUCACAGAGGUUGCCCUUUUUUGAUAAUACUCUGGAUAUUGUGCAUUCGAUGCAUGUAUUGAAUAAUUGGAUUCCAGCAAAGCUUCUGCAUUUCUUGUUGUUUGAUAUCUAUAGAGUGCUUAGGCCUGGAGGGUUUUUUUGGUUGGAUCAUUUCUUUUGUUUGGAGCAGCAAUUGGAAGAAGCUUAUGUGCCUAUGAUUGAGACCAUUGGGUUCAAGAAGGUGAAGUGGGAAACUGGGAGGAAGUUCGAUCGAGGGCCUGCAAUCAAGGAGAUGUAUCUCUCUGCCCUGUUGGAGAAACCAUUGAAGAAAUCUUGGUGAAUUUUUGCUUUCCCCUCUUUCAUACUUUUCUUUUCCUUUUUCU